UAGUACAACUUUUCCAGAAAUUCAUUAGUGCAUAGUAGUAUACUGUUUGCGAUUUAUGCCGAUGGUACACAUUGCAUAAGCAUUAAUGUGGCUCAAGUUGCAUGUUCCUUUGACUCGUGCUCUGCCCCACUCUCACCUUUCUCUCCCCUCAGUUUCCCCUUUUCUCUAUCCCCAUUCCUGCUGUCACCUCUCCCUGAGACCAAGAACAAGAACUGCCAUUCUCUGGAGUGGCAGGACCACUUGAUCUCCUUUUUAAGUUAUCUGGUUGAAAUUAAUGCUUCUGAUGCCUUAGCGAUGUGGGAUUGCUACUAACUGCUCCAGUGAGGGCUUACGGCUGUUUUCCCCACUAAGGGCUGUGGAACGGGAUUCCGCCUCUCUGGUCCCUCUUCUGCAAUCCCUUGGUCUUCCUGUCCUGCCUCAUUUUUCUCAUCCUGGCAAUGUGGGGUGAUUUUCUGUUUGCUUCCCUUUCCAACACCCUCAAACAUCUCUUAACUUCUUUCUGGCCCCUCUUGCUUUGACUAAUUCCCUGCUGUUUCUCAAAUUCCUUUGAAAAUCUUUAGUGAUCUCCUAUGCCUUUAAGAACAUGAGCACCUGACUGGUGUGUGGAAUCAUUAAAGAUUUUUAAGAGAAUUUCAGAUGACUAGGUAUAUGGAAUGUGUAAACUACAGGCAAAAGGAUUAUAGUUUUCUUCAUUGCACUGUAAAUCACUUGUUAAAUUCAUAUAUUUAGAAUGACAAGAAAUUAAAAUAUCCUGGAUGUAGUCAUCCCCCUGUGUGGAGGGAGGGAACGAUGAGAGACAAACUCUGGCAGAUCUUACGAUCCCAUUAGUUGCCAGAGAGUAAAGGGUUGGGCUUCCCCUUCACAUUGCAUGGCAAGGAGACGAGGCACUCUUAAAGUAGUGUUUGAAACCAAGUGCUGGGACUCUAAUUUUUAAGGAACCAGCCUAACUGUGAUGCAUCAAGUGUAAUGCAGAAAGUCUCCAAAGAAAGUUGGGAGAGAGGAAAUAUGAAACCAUUAAAUAUUCUGAAAUAACUUAUGUUAACAAUGGUAGAAAGCAAAUAGGACAAAGGGCAAAGCCUAUGUAUUCCCUGUUUUCUAAAGACGAAAAGAUCUUUAGAUUUUGGAAAGUAAAAUGGCAAGAAAAAAAUUUAAAUAUAUUUAAAUUAUAAUUUUUGACUUGUUAGUGGUUAACUAAAGUUGCUCAUCUUUGGGUAUAGGAACUAAUGCUCUUAUUAGUUCUUUAAUGUAAUGCUUUAGUAGUAAAGCCAUGAUUAAUUUUACAUGUUACUUUUUUUAAAUGUUUCUUUAUUUUGAGAGAAAGAGAGAGAGAGAGAAAGAGCAUGAGCAGGGGGAGGACAGAGAGAGAGGGAGAGAGAGAUAUCCCAAGCAGGCUCCACGCUAUAAGCACAGAGCCUGAUGCAGGGCUUGAUCCCAUGAACUGUGAGACCAUGACCUGAGCUGAAAUUAAGAGUCAGAUGCUUAACCGACUGAGCCACACAGGAGACCCUUUACAUGUUCCUUCUUAGAACAUUUAUUUUUUUUUAAUAUUUUAUUUCAUUCUCACUAUUAUUUUUCUUUACUUGUACCCUCCUGCUUAUUUUCUACUUAAAAUAAUGACUGCCUACAUAGAGAAGAGAUGAUCCAAUAAUGGUAUCACAUAAUUCAGUAUUUAAUCCAAUAUUUGAGGUUGCUUCUGAAUUCAUUGUUUAAAGUGUGACUGAGUUUUGGGGAAGUUUGUCAUUUCUUCUGGGUUCCCCAGAAGUCCUCCUAGAGACCAUCUCCUAGAUGGAACUUUCUCUGCAGACCAUCUUUAGAGACAGCAUUUUCUCUUUACAUUAUUGGGCAGGUCAGGAAGGUGGAAUUAAGAAAGAAUUAUAUUCUUCUUUGUAUUUGAGGCAUUUUUAUUACCCUUUUAGUAUCAUCACCCAGAAUGAAGAUAUACACAUUUGAUAGGCAUAAUUUGGUGAUUCCAAAAUUGUAUUAAUAUUAUACUUUUCAAGAUGAGUCACAUUGAGGGUACCUGGGUGGCUCAUUCAGUUGAGCAUCUGAUUUCGGCUCAGGUCAUUAUCUCAUGGCUCAUGAGUUGAAGCCUUGUGUCGGGCUCUGUGCUGACAGCUCAGAGCCUGGAGCCUACUUUGGAUUCUGUGUCUCCCUCUCUCUUUCUGCCCCUUCCCUGCACACACACACUCUCUCUCUCUCAAAAAUAAAUACAAACAUUAAAAAAAAAAAAAAGGUGAGUCAUAUUGACAUCUGCUUCCUAACAUUACACAGUUGUGACACUUAGUCCAUUGGUAAAUUGCUGAGUUCUGAAAGUUUCAAUGGAAAAAUGUAUGUAUGUGUACCUGUGAGCAUAUAAUAUAGCCUGUUGUUCUAAUGAGUGGAAUAACUAAACUAAUGUAUAUGGGAUAUCCAGCAACGCUUGAGCAGAAGACGACAAAAUGAAAUAAUGGCCAAAAUCCAAGCAGCUAUCAUUCAGAUUCCUAAACCUGCAUCAAAUCGUACUUUGAAAGCACUUGAGGCCCAAAAAAUGAUGAAAAAGAAAAAAGAGGCAGAGGUUGUGGCCAAUGAGAUUAAGAAGUUUGAAGCAUUAAUAAAAAAGGAUCUCCAGGCAAAAGAAAGUGCCUCCAAGCCUUCUUCAGAUACAGCAGGCCAGACAACUACUGAUUUAUUAAACACAUAUUCGGAUGAUGACUACAUUAAAAAAAUCCAAAAGCGCCUCGAGGAGGAUGCUUUUGCACGAGAGCAAAGGGAGAAAAGACGGCGGAGGCUGUUAAUGGACCAGUUAAUAGCCCACGAAGCACAAGAGGAGGCGUUUCGGGAAGAGCAGCUGAUUAACCGGCUGAUGCGGCAGUCCCAGCAGGAACGCAGGAUCGCUGUGCAGCUCAUGCAUGUUCGGCAUGAAAAGGAAGUUUUAUGGCAAAACAGAAUUUUCAGAGAAAAACAGUAUGAGGAGAGACGACUUAAAGAUUUCCAGGAUGCUCUUGAUCGAGAAGCGGCUUUGGCAAAACAAGCCAAGAUUGAUUUUGAGGAGCAAGCCCUCAGAGAGAAGGAAAUUCAUGAACAGAUUGCUGUGGAAAGAGCUCAAGCUCGUUACAAAAAGCAUUAUACGAUAUGUGCAGAAAUUUUGGAUCAAAUACUUGAUUUGUCCACUAAAGUGGCAGACUACCGAAUGUUGACAGAUAAUUUGAUUCCAUAUAAGGUGAUGCAUGAUUGGAAGGAACUGUUUUUUAAUGGAAAGCCCAUAUAUCAGCAAGCCUCUAUUAAGCAUCUACCAGCUAAGCCCUCUGCAGAACAACUUACAGAACUGGAGAAAAGUGACUUGCUAGAUAGCAAUGAUUACGAAGAAUAUAAGAACAUGGUUGGAGAGUGGGCCUUACCAGAAGAAAUGGUUGAGAAUUUACCACCCUCCAACAACAACAUAUUGGGUCAUGUGAUUCACAGAUUAAUUGAAAAAUCUCAUCCUCCUCAAGUCAAAGCAACAAUACCAGAAUUACCUUCAUUUGCUAUUAAAGGGUGCUUAUUGGGGAAAACAUUUAGUGGAAAAACUACUGCCCUGAAGGCUCUACAAAAAGACUUUCCUAUUCAGGUACUUUCUAUUGACACUCUUGUCCAAGAAGCCAUCAAAGCAUUUCAUGACAAUGAACAAGUCAGUGAGGCCCUACCAAUUGAGAAAAAAGAUGAAGAAAAGGCUCUACCAGUUCAGCAAGAGACGAGUAAAGAAAGCCAGGAUCUACAGGAUGUAUCUUCAGCUUAUCCAGCUUCAAAUGAAGCAUUGCCAGAAACAGAAGAUAAAACUGUACUUAGUACUGAAACAAAUAAAACUCCAAAAGCUGAAGAAGUCAAAUCAAGUGAUAGUUUCUCUGAACUCACUGUGCGUGCUCAGCUUGGUGCAAAAUCAGAAAAGUUGCUGAAGAAAGGAAAGAGCGUUUCUGACAUGUUGCUAGUUAGCAUCAUGGUAAAUGCUAUUAAUAAGAUACCUGUGGAUCAAGGAUGGGUCUUGGAUGGUUUUCCAAUGACAUUAAACCAAGCAAAGCUUCUGGAGGAAGCUCUCACAGGCUGCAACAGAGAGGUCCUAGAAAUGGAGGAAAAGAAAGCACAAAUAUCCACAUUGGCUGUUGAUACUAAAGCCUCCAAAGAAGUUCCUCUUCCUCCUUCUGCAUUUGAUUUUGUCAUGUUAUUAGAUAUUUCAGAUAAUUCUUCACUGGAUCGCAUGAAUGACACGAUGGCUGAAGCAUUUUCAAGUGAAACACCUCAUGAAGAAGUCACUCAACAGGUAGCUGCUGAAAACCAGGAUAUGGAUAAAGACCAGAAUUUAAGAGAUCAGAUUCAGCACAGAAUUAUAGGCUUCUUGGACAACUGGCCUUUAUUGGAGCAAUGGUUUACAGAACCAGAAAAUAUUUUGAUAAAAAUCAAUGCUGAAGUAGAUAAAGAAUCUUUAUGCCAAAAAGUAAAAGAAAUGUUUAUGACUGAAGUAAUGAAAAAAGAGAAUAAAGUUAAAAAGAAAUUAGAAGAGAAGGAAGCUGAGGAAAAGGAAGAAGUUCCCCUGGCUGAGCCUCCACCCCCACCUCCCCCUCCACCUGAGCCAGAAAAAGAGGAGGAGACCCAUCCUCAGCGUGAGCAUUCAAAAACUCCUGCUGCAAAAGGGAAACCACCAUCAGAGCCCUUGCAUGGUAAGCAAGACUCUCCUCAAGAAGGAAAAGGGAAGAAAGGUGAAACUUCACUCAAAAGAAAAGGUUCUCUUAAAGGAAAAUUACCAGGAGGGAAAGCAUCGGUAAAGAAGUCACCUGCUGAUUCUGCAGAGGUGUCACCUACUCCCAUAGUGCCACCACCACCUAAGCCAGGAUCAGAAGAAUGGGUCUAUGUGAAUGAGCCAAUUCCUGAGGAAAUGCCUUCAUUUCUAGUACCUUACUGGAAACUAAUAGAAAAUUCCUAUAUAGACUCCAUCAAAACAGUUCUCAGGCAUCUGAGAGAAGGGCAGCAUGUUGUGCUUACUUACUUGUAUGAGGUUAGAACAAAUUUCCAGCAGUUUCUAAAGCGUCCAGAUCACAAGCAAAACUUUGUAUCUCAGUGGCAGGCUGAUUACAACUGUCUUCCUGAUGACCUGUGGGAUGAUGAGGAAACAAAGGCCGAACUACACCAAAGAGUAAAUGAUUUACGAGACCGCCUGUGGGACAUCUGUGAUGCCCGGAAGGAAGAGGCAGAUCAGGAGCGUCAGGAUAUCAUUAAUGAGAGCUGGUUGCAGGACACCAUCGGAAUCACGAUGAACCAUUUCUUCUCACUGAUGCAGGCAGAAUUGAACCGUUUCGAAGAUACAAAGAGAUUCCUUCAAGAUUAUUACAGGGGAAUGGAAGGCAAAAUCCCAAUCGACGACAAUAAGAGAUUUACUCGAGUCCCAUUGAUCCAAGUGGAUAGAAGAGACAUUUCAGAAAGCCAACAUAGAAUUCCUCUAAUUCCUCGAAUAUCCGUUUCCCCGGAUUCAACUACGUCCAAAACAAAAACAAAAACCAUACUGAAGGGCAAGAUUGAUUACUCACUGGAAAAUGUUGAGUCGAACUUUGAGGCAGAUGAGAAGUUGCUAAUGGACACCUGGCAGCAAGCUUCUUUAGCAAUAUCUCACAUGGUGGCUGCUGAAAUUCAUCAGAGGCUCAUGGAAGAAGAAAAGGAAAACCAGCCAACAGAUACAAAAGAAAAAUCUCCUCAGAUGGGUACAAAUAAAAAAGUCAAAAAUGAACCGCCCAAGAAAAAAAAGGCAGACAAAAAAGCAAAAGGUAAAUCGCCGCCAAUAGCAGAAGCCACACCCGUGACAGUGUCACCAGAGCAGACUGCCGAAAUGGAAAGGAAAAAGGAACUGAUGCUCAAAAUCAAGGAAGAACACCUUGCUGCCCUGCAGUUUGAAGAGAUAGCCACACAGUUCCGACUUGAACUGAUAAAGACAAAAGCACUGGCUUUCCUUGAAGAUUUACUAACAAAGGUGGUUGAUGUAUAUAAACUCAUGGAAAAGUGGCUUGGUGAGAGGUACUUGAAUGAAAUGGCCAGUGUGGAAAAAUUAACUGAGGUAGCUCGCUAUCACAUUGAAACAUCGACAAAAAUUCAGAGUGAACUUUAUUUAGACCAAGAAGAUUUCUUUAUUAAUGGUGAUGUAAAAGUCUUUCCAGAUUCCCCUCCUCCAGUACGUCCUCCACCCAUAGAAAAGGAAGAAAAUGGCACCCUGACCAUCGAACAGCUUGACAACCUUCGAGAUCAGUUCUUAAUUAUAGCACCUAAAGGCAGGGGUCCUCCAGGCGACAUGAACCGAGUCACUGAAAAGCAGAAAAGGCCGCAGAAGCUUGACCAUUAUCUUCCAAAGAGGAAUAAUCAAUUUUUGAAAAUCUGGCUUAAAAAAUACCCUUGGCUUAUAUAUGAUGAGAUACUAAAUCUUAUGUUCUGUGGCCUGUGUCGUAAGCAUGGAGUAAAGUCAAGGGGAAAUCAAGUGAGUUUUUUUUAUGGCACUGACAACUUUAGGACUGAAUUUCUCAAUGCACAUCAUCUCAGUGAGGCCCAUGCCAAGGCUUCACUAAUGGAAGCAACAAGUGGUUCUCCAGUGAACCGAGCCACCACAGAGUUCAUGGUGACGACCAUGAGCAAAGUCACCCUCGGGAGAAUAGAGAACUUAUUCAGAUCAUGCCAUGCUAUCGCCAAGACGGGACGCCCCCUCAAAGACUUUAUCUGGAUGUGCAAGUUGGAUGAUAUGAAGGGUGUCGAUAUCGGCCCAGUAUUCAGAACUAACAAAUCAGCAAGAACGUUCACGUAUUUUAUCGCUGAAGUGGAACGGAGAAAUCUGAGAGAGAAACUAGAACAAAGUAAAUUUUUCUCUGUCCUCAGUGGUGGAAUCACAGACAGCUCAACCGAGGAAGCUGAACUUGUCUACGUGCAGUUUGCAUGUGCAGGAAAAGUGCAUUGCCAAAUUGUUGGGGUACAGACAGUAGAAAAGAAGGAUCCUUUGGAAAUAAGAAAUGCCAUCGAGAAAACUCUAGAGCGAAAUCUUCAACUUAAGCUAUCGAACCAAGACUGGGCGAAGAAACUGGUUGGUUUUGGAAGUGAUGGUGCCCCUGGCUCAGAGGGAGAAAACAACGGGGUGGCCAUGCUCUUCAGAGAAAUCCAGCCACGAGCACUGACUGUGUACUGCUUUGCACAUCAUCUUGAACUGUCUUACAGGGCGGUCUUCCAGAGCGUUCCCCUGUACAAUGAUGUCAGAGGCCUUCUUCACAGCAUCUACUACUUCUACCACAGUUCUCCUGUCCACAAGAGUUCUCUGAUAACUGCUUUCAAAGGCCUUCACCUUCGCCCUGUGCUGCCUUCUCGAGUAGGGGGCAGGAGGUGGCUUCAGGGAUUACAGGCAGCCCUCCAGAACUUUCUCAGGGGAUAUCCUGCGAUAGUCCAGCAACUACAUUCAGCAGUUGAGGGCAGAAAUGACACUAGUCACCAGAAAGCCAACGAACUCCUGGAGUUCCUUCUCCAAGCAGACAUUGUUAAAUUCGUCCAUUUCUUGGUGGAUGUCAUUAAUGUCCUUAGCAUUCUUUCCCGUGUCAAUCAGAACAGAAACUCUUCCAUUGCUGAUGUAUUUGCCUCAUUAGAGUCAACACUGGAAAUGCUCAGAAUGUAUAAAACAAGACCAGGACCAAAGGAACGUCAGGUAGAUUCAGCCACACACUUUCAUGGUAACUGCCUGGGAGGAAAGGGAAACAUUUCUGAUGUGAGAAGCACGGUCUUAACACAUCUUGUCAAGAGGCUGCAAGGUUGUUUCAGAGAUGCCAGCCAAGAUGUAGUGAAGGCUACUGUGAUUGGAAGCUUUAAACUGUGGCCCACAAAGAUAAAUCAAGGUACCCUAUAUGCACCAACUUCUAACCGUUGUUCUUUGACUGUAGGUUUCUUUCAUGUAUGUGACUUUUUCUCUCAUAUAUUGAUGGCAGAAUUUGGAGAAAAAGAGGUAUCCAUCUUGACUGCCCACUAUGAACCACUACUGGAAGCUGCCAAUGUGGAAAUCGAUGAAGUGGACACUGAAUGGAGCAUGUUGAAAUUAGAGAUUUAUGCUAGAUUUCAGAACAUCUGCAAAUUGACCUGGGAUUUUGUGAAUUCUGUUUACUUGCACAAAUAUCCAAAUAUCCUGACACUAGUGGACCUAGUACUGACGCUCCCUGCAAGUUCUGCAGAAGCAGAACGUGGCUUUAGUCAGAUGAAACGUGCCAAAUCACAAAUGCGUGCCACGAUCAAGGCUGAAAGUAUGACGGAUCUCUUGAUAAUUCAGUUGAACUCUCCAGACAUUAAUAACUUUGACCCUAGGAAAGCUAUCCACUUAUGGAAUACAAGAACACCAUCUUCAACUGGUGACACAAGACCUAAUUCCUCUUGUUCAUCAAACUCGGAAAGCCAUUAUGAAAGUGAUUAGCAAUAUGACAAAUGUGGACUUCGUCAUUCAUCAGAGCAAAAACAAAUUCUUUUUAAUCUGAAAUUUAAAAGUAACACAGUAACCAGUCUUCACAUCAAAUGUAAAAGGCAUUUGGCAUCUUACCAGACAAACAAAGCCAAAAUCCAAAGAUUGGUUUUCCUGUACCUUUCUAAGAUCACUUCUACAUCCACACAUUUGUUCACGUUCUAUGGAUGGAGGAGAUCCUUCUAAGCAAUGGUGUCAUUUUGAUGUCAUAUUUUGCAGAGUUAUUACAAAGGGUGUCUAGGCGAUGAUUAUGAUCUGAAUUCCUUUAGGCCUGGCAUACAAUUAACAUCUUUCCUGCAUAAUUCUAAAUGACAGUUGCUUUAUGUAACUACUUAGAGCCAAAUUGAAAAAGGGUAUUUCUUAAAUCAAUGAACACAAUUUCUUUUUUUUUUAAUUUAUUUUGAAAUAGAGAGAGAGAGAGAGAGCAUGCGUGUAAGCAGGGGAGAGGCAAAGAGAGGGGAGAGAGAAUCCUAAGCAGGCUCCGAGCUGUGAGUAUAGAGCUCAACUUUGGGCCCAAAAUCUGAGCUGAAAUCAAGAGUCAGAUGCUUAACCAAAUGAUCUAUCCAGGCACCCCCCAUGAAUAAAAUUUCUAAGUUUA